UUUCUUAAGCAAAAUCCACUUCAUAGUGCUUUCGAUAUCUUUUGUUCACUGUCACCAACAAGAUCCAUAGUUCUUCCCAUAUCACUGUAUCAAGCAAUUGAAGUUGAGAAUCUCUCAUCAUUAUUAUUUUUCAUUUAUUUUAAUUUCUUGUUAAUGGAGGUAGCAGUAGAUUGGGGAAACUUAGAAGCACUUCCUCUAAGUUUGAUUUUUGACAAGUUGGUAGAGCGCAUAGAUCACAUUUAUUUCAGCGUGGUAUGCAAGAAUUGGUAUUCAAUUGCAAAGUUUAAUUAUCAGAAUCGCCAAGUAAAAAACAAUGUAUUGCCCAUGCUUAUGAUUCCUAAAAGAAAGGCUAGAAAAACAAGAUAUUUAUAUGGGAUUUCAACCAACACAACUUACCGCUUUCAACUACCACUACCUCAUAACAAGAGGUUGUGUGGUUCGAGUCAUGGUUGGGUUGUAAAGAUGGAUGAUAUUAAGCAAGGUACAAUUUUAACCCUACUAAAUCCAUUCAAAAAUCUAGUUUCCAUCACUCUACCACCCCUCUACAUGCCGGAUGGAUAUAAACGAGUUAGAUAUUAUGAAUGUAAUGUUCAUAAGGUUUUUUUAUCAUCUAAUCCCACAACUAGGCCACAUGAUUAUGUUGUUGUAGUAAGUUAUGGUAUGCGUGAAUGUCUUGCUUUCAUAAAAGCGGGUCAAGAGUUUUGGACUUAUGUUAAUGUUGAUUAUUAUGGCUUCACCGAUAUUUCUUUUUAUAAAGGCCUAGUCUAUGCGGCGGGACGAUGGAAUAACAUUGUCUCUUUCGAUAUUUCUAACUCGAAAGAUUCUUUUGAUCAUGAGAAGGUAAUAAUUCCCAAUGUUCUUCAAACCUGGGGGGAUGAUUAUGCUCAUAGAGCAUAUCUUGUGGAAUCAUUGGAGGGAGACUUGUUGCUCGUAAGAAAAUGGAUGGGUUUUCCCGAUGAUGACGAUCCAGAUGAAGAAAGGAACCUACCUAGUAGUGGCACUAAAGGAUUUGAAGUGUAUAAGUUGGAAUUGGAUCUUCAAAGUGGUAAUAAACUUAUACAAAAGAUAAGACUUGAUAGUUUAGGAGACAAUGUUUUAUUUUUGGGUGAUAAUGAUUCUGUCUCUAUGUCGGCUUCCUAUUUUGCCAAUUAUCUACAAAAAGAUUCAAUUUAUUAUACCGAUGAUUUUUACGAAGAAGAUCCACGUCCAUAUCCUAAUGGACCAUUUGAUAUGAAAAUCUUUAACGUAAAAGAUGGAAGUUUUAGUGAACAUUGCCCUUUCCAAUCUUGGUUCAAACGGAUGCCACCUUCACUAUGGGUUAUUCCGCCAUUUCAAUGGGAUUGAUUGAUAGCUUCAAUUUAAGUUUGUUACUUUAUUUUAUUUCUAUCAAUUUUUAUCGUUUUACGUUUAGUUACAGUGUACAAUUUAUAGUGUUCAAUGAAUGUCUAUUGUGUGAUUGAUCUUAUCAGAGUUAAUAUCAGCUUGUCGUCUUUCUCUUGAUAAUAGUAAUAUAUUGUUACACAUUUCUUUUAAUAUAGGAGUUUUCUUUUGCCAAUACA